AGGGAGAAGGGGUGGGGCCCCGGGGGCGGAGCUGCGGCGGCUUCUUGGGUCGGGCGGGGAAGCCGCCGCUGUCCGCACGGGCCCUCCUCCGAGAGAGAAGCUGGACGAGGUGGCCGGGUCCCUGGGGCUGGGGCCCGCGGCCCCCGGCUUCCACGUGGUGGUUCUGGCCCAGGCGUCGAAGGCGCAGGCGGAGAAGCAGCUGCCCCCGCGCGUCCCUGGCUUCGACGACAUGGCCGCGAUGGUGCUCGACCCCGCGUCGCUGCCGCCCCCGCCGGGGCCGCAGGAGGCCGCCACGACGCCCCGUGGUCUCCGCGCCGCGCUGCGCGGCCUCUGCGCGGCGCCGGCGGCGGCCCCGGAGGGCCCGGCGUCGGGCGGCGAGGGCGCGUCGGAGGCGCUGGAGGUGCCCGUCAACACGGCGGAGUUCGAGUUCGCCGAGGCGUUCGGCGAGGACUGGGAGCAGAGGUGGAUGCGGGGGCCGUGCACGCAGGACGAGAAGGGCAAGCCCAUAAGAGAAGGCCUGAUUCACAUGCAGACGGUGAGGUAUCCCGCGAACCCGAAGGACGCGAAGCCGUGCCUGGAGCUGGUGGGGGGCGUGAGCAACGUCCCCUGCACGGGCAUCUGGACGUCCUUCUCGCCCCUGGCACGGCCCACGGAGGUGGAGUUCGAGUUCACCAUGAACGGCAAGGUGGACGUGCCCAACGCGUGCGUGGUCUUCACCGAGCUCGCGCUGGAGGGCGCGCUGCAAGACAGCAGGAUCGGCGUGCAGUUCUUGGUCAAGGGCGGCAUGCAGCUCUCGGGCGGAAGCGGCAACCUCGUGCGCAUCAGCAACGACGGCAAGCUGCAGAGCGACAAGUGGAGCAAGGUUCUGCUGAAAAUUGACUGGGCCGAGAAGAUAGUCGUCGGCCAGGUGGACUCGCGUGGCAAAGGGUACGCCCCGGCCAUACAGACCGUGCCCUUCAGGGAUGCCUCGUGCAACGGCUUCGGGUUCGUCUACAUCUACAACACCGACAUGCAGGCCACCUGCUGGUUCCACUCCCUGCGGAUCAAGCAGGGCCAGCCCGUGGAGAUGGACACGGAGGCUCUGGAGGCACGGGCGCAGCUUGCUGCUCGCCUGAAGGAGCGGGAGUACCAGCGCGCCGUGGACGAGGACAUGGAGGUCGGCAUGAAGAUGGGCGCCAUCAAGAGCACCAAGGAGCACGGCAUGAACCUGGCUAUGGAGCAGGCCGCCAACGCCGGCGGGGGGGCGGCGCGCAUGGGCUGAGCGAGGGCGCCGCCUUUGGAGCGGCCCCUGCGCGGGGGGCGCGCCGGGCCUGUUGGAGCGCCGGCCAGCUUCCGGGGAGGAAGGCAGGGAGCAGGAGCAGGAGCUGCGGGCACUGUGUCCCGACCUACCCUGCCGGGACUGGGCUUCCGCAGCCGACCCCGAGGGUUCCGAAGCCCCCACCUGCGAGGACCCGCUGAGCCGCCAAGGCGGCCUUCGGGGCCCCACGGCGGCUGGGGAAGAGGCCCUUGCAAACUCGCGCGAGAGUCUCUCUCCGCCCGUGGCACUGCCUGCCUGGCGCCUCGCACAGUCCGCCGACGGGGAGCCACUGCCCGUACUCCUCCCGGCGGAGGUCGACGGCGGCCGGUUCAACUCGCCGCCGGCGUGAAUCGAGCAGUCGCGAAGAUGUCAAGCACGUCGUCGGGCGCGCUCCUGCAAAAUCGUCGAACGGGGAGCCG